AUGAUGGUUAGCAGGCUGGUGAGUCGAACACUCUGCAGCAGUACGCCAUGCAACGUGAUUGGUUUCCCUGGCCCUAUCGGUCUGACUGCAAUUCCUGGACCUGCUGUCUCGUCUGGAGCAGUGGGAAGAACCGGAGAGCCCGGCCCCGCCGGACCUCGAGGAUUACCCGGAAUCAUGGCAACAAAAGGUGAAAGAGGGACGCCGGGAAGCUCAUGGCAAAUGACAAUCAUUGGUGAGCUUGGUGCACGAAGCAAAGUAGGUGCCAAAGGAGGGAAAAGAGAAAUUCUUCGAGUACAGGCGAAUGGCGUAGCGAAAGGAGAUCUAGAAAGCAGUUCAAAAUAUUUGCAAACAUACUUCAAUUGUGAUACUAUCGGUAGUCCUUGGCAAUCUGGUGAGUCAGAUGGUCCUUUUUGUAAUAUGGAUUCUUAUCCAAUUGAGAAAGAUGUGAGAGCUUCCUCGUUUAAAAUGGUUGUAGAAUCUUUACGUGGCGUCGGUGGUGGAAACAUUAGGUUUACUUUGAUAAAAUUCAAAGUUGUAGGAAAACGGUCACGUUGA